CCAAGGUUUUGAUAGUUCAAAACAUUGUUUGAACAUAAUUCUGGUACUUUAAACAUCUGUUUUAGUUCAAUUCACCAGCUGAGAGCUUUAGCAAACAACAAACGCUAGAGAGCGCCACAUUCAAAUCAAUCUCGGAUGCCGGAAGUGUGGCGAAUGUUUGUGAUGUCAUUUCCGUUCCACUGAUAUGUGUGUUUUUCUGUGCUAUCUCAGCUUAUAAGCUUUUUCCUUUACAAAGCUUAGUGGAUAUUUGUGCUUUGUAUUUGAUGUUAACCUGUUACGAUACAGACUAGUGAAUUACACCUGCAGCUGACAGAAUAGACUUUCAGCAGCAUCAUGACUGCAGAGCUGGAUCUGUCCCCUCCAGAGGUCCCUGAGCCCACCUUUUUAGAGAGCUUGCUGCGCUAUGGUCUCUUUCUGGGUGCCAUCUUUCAGCUGAUCUGCAUCCUGGCUGUCAUCUUACCCAUAUCCAAGGGACAUGAACACGAAGAGACUGAGUCCACUGAUGGCAAAGUCACUGAACAGAUGAAGAAACCUAAAGGACCAGCACCACAGAUUCGACAGAAACCAAAGAAGGAGAGCAAAAAGAAGCGAUAAACUAUGCUGAGUGUGUGUGUGUGUGUGUGUGUGUGUGUGUGUGUGUGUGUGUGUGUGUGUGUGUGUGUGAUUGCUACCUGCUUGUGUGAAUGUGUGUUUAGUCAUCUUUGAGUCAACAUUGCCAUUUUCCAAAACUAUUUUCACUACAUGCCACAUUAAUGAAUAAUUCUGUGCAAUUAAUUUGACAUACUUCAGAAAAACAACAAGGCUACACAAUCAACACAGUUUCACAAAAAGCUUAUUGACAACUGUUUAUUCAGUUAAAUGUGUUUUUAUUCUUUUUUUUUUUUAUACAUUUUAAGUAAUUGAAUUGCUUUUGGAUUACAACAAUUAAAUAAAUACCUUAUGUAGUCAUUCA